UAGAGCUCAAGCCAAGUGCUGCUGUGUGCAGUGUGUGUGCUAUUUUAAACUGAAUACAGGACGAUUUAAACAUUAUACUGGCAAGUUAACGCAGAGACAAAAUUGAUUCUAUAACGGGAUAAGGCAUUCGUUGUUCAUCUGAUGCUAGGAAGGCUAAAAUUAGAAGGACAUCUGGUCGGGUGCAAGGAUUUUUUCCGGGAUUUCCUCCAAGCAUGCAGAGCACCCGCUGAAAACAUGAGACGAAAGCGGUGCGCCGUUUAAGACAAGUGAACUAACAAAGCACACUUGUUUAACUGCCAUGGAUUGUGGUUAACCGAAACAAGAGAAGAACAGAGACACCAAGAUCAGAACAAGCAGCCAUGUUGAGAACGUGCACGCCGGGUGGGCUGCACGCGCCACCAAUAUCAACGUCACGUGCAGAUCCUACGAACAGCAUUCGGCGCCAGAUCGUGGACAUGGUGAGGAUCAGUGAGCACAAAGGGCAGACCGUCAUCUAUGACCUGCAUCAGCACCAUGGAGUCAAAGUCCACCCUUUAACAGAACUCGACCCCAACCGCCUGGAAAACAUCGGCAGAUCAGAUGCGUGGCAGUCGGACAUUCGCAAGUUGCAUACUAGAGGGAGACAAUCGAGAUGUCAGUACGCGCCCGACCAGCAGCGUGGUGGGAGGAACUAUGGUAAAGAAAAUAACGACUUGGCAUCCAGCGUGCCACCGGCUCUUCCGCCCAGGAAUUCAUCCUCGUUUCCGUCUUCAGUAAAACAGUCCAAAGACUCUUCCAAAAUGAAAGAGGUUUUCCAGUCUUCCCAAUCACGUCUGCCGACACAGAUGAACCAGACAAACCAAGACAGUUUUAAGCGUAUUAGAUCUGGAAUACCCAACCAAAGACAAGAACCAAGACCCAAAAGUAUUCGUCAGAAAACUGAGGAUCUAAAUUCUCAUUAUCAGUCUACAAGUUCCUCCUCUCCGUCUGAUAAGGGAGGAAGUAAAGGGUCUGGACAACCAUGUUUGGUCAGAGGAAGUGCUAUAUCCAAUCACAGAGCAAACGCUCGCGCCGUGUCACCAAUCAAACGCGAGGAAGUGAAAAAACGCGCCAACAGAUUCUCGGCGUCGUUGGACUUUUUCCGACGCCGACUGAAAAUGAAUCAGAGUAAAUUUCUGAAUCCCGAAAACAAAGUAACACAUGAUGAUUACGUCAUCCGGAAAGAAGAUGGCAGAAAUGGUUCGUGUAAACAGAAAAUAGACUUGCGUUUCGUUCCACGUCCUCCAACCACAUCAAAAAAUGCCAAUGGAAAGUCUAGUUCCGGAAAUGACAGCAAUGAGACAAAGGAAACUCGAUUCUCCUACAGACUCCCUGAGGUAGAAAAUGAAGAAGAGGUGCAGGUGAUGACUUUGGGUGAAAUACGGACUCUACCUCAGGUUGGGACGUACGUUCUCGAAGAUGACGACGAACCUCUGGUGGUGACCAAUCAGGAGCCAGCUCCACUGACGGCACACAAUGUCGAGAUCCACAACAUGCUGAUGGAUGCACGAGCCAAGAAACACAAAGUGGUACAAAAUGGCGUCUCGUACGAUGGGCGUCUGCUUCGGUGGCUGGAAGACUUAAACACACAGAAGGCGCAAAAGAUGGUGACUUUUGACAUGUCUCUGCCUGCCAUGGAAAGGGUGGACACAUCCAGUUCUAGUAAUGGACUGGUGUUCUCUAAACGUCAGAAUCACAAGUGGAAUGAUGUUAUCUAAGUGGUUUACAUCAUGAUGUUAUCUAAGUGGUUUACAUCAUGAUGUUAUCUAAGUGGUUUACAUCAUGAAUGGAAUGGAAUGAAGUUCACUAGACAGUAAUGUCAUAUAUAUAAUUCUCUGAACAUCAGCAACAGAAGUGGAAUGAUGUUGCUUAAAUAUUAUCUAAAACAUUAACAUCAGGAUAUCAUCGAUAUUCUCUAAACAGUAACAUCAGAAGUGGAAUCGUCGAUAUUAUCUAAAUAGUAACAUCAGAAGUGGUAUCAUCGAUCAGAAGUGGAAUCGUCGAUAUUAUCUAAAUAGUAACAUUAGAAGUGGUAUCGUCGAUAUUCUCUAAACAGUAACAUCAGAAGUGGAAUCGUCGAUAUUCUCUAAAUAGUAACAUCAGAAGUGGAAUCGUCGAUAUUCUCUAAACAGUAACAUCAGAAAUGGAAUCAUCGAUAUUCUCUAAACAAUAACAUUACAAGUGGAAUGACAUGGCUUACACAUCAGCUUCAGAAGAGAAAUGAUAAUCUAUUCUUUAGACACUGUGGAAUCAGGAGUGUAAAGGUCUUUACACGCCGGUAUAUUACUUUCAUGUGGAAUGGUAUUGUGAAUCCCCGUCAGAAUCAGAGAAUUGAUGUUUUCUAAACCAGUGUCAUUAGCAAACAGAUGUUCUGUAAAACUGCAACAUAAUCAAAAUGACAGAUGCUUAAAUCUCGGCACAGAGUGAAAAUAUGUUUUUUUUAAAUCGGUCUCUUAAAUGAAAUUAUGUUAUCCUGAACCUCAGUAUGUGUCGCUGGCAUUGGGAUUAUCAAUAAUUCUUGCAAAAAAAUAGUAUCGAAGUUAUCAAUGAAUGGAAUAAUUUACGUGUUGUGUGAUAUCUGCUGUUUGUGUGUGUUUUGGGUGGGGUGGGGGUAAUAUCUUUAUCUUUAUAUACUAGUAUUUGGGGUGGAUGGGGGUGUUCUUUUAACCAUUUCUUCUUCAAUAUAUAAAGUAAAUUAGGUUUUGCAUUAAGUAUUAAAGAAUAUAUGUAGCAAAUUCUGGAAUUUCAGUUUCCAUAAUACAAUCUUUCAGUUUGUAACAGUCAACAAAGAAAAUAUAGAUAUAAUGUAACAUGGUCAAAUUUCAUUAAUACAUUUCUUUAAAGUUUUACGAAUCGGAUUAUCAGAAACUGAGGACAUAUUGUUUUCAUUUAUUUUUUAUUCUGAUUCUGUUUGGUAAUAACAACAACAAAUAACUAAACUGACAACUGGUGUGAAUGUGAACAUAUUGGUUACCAUACUUUAAACUUUCGAUUAAUUUCGUAGGUGGACGUUAUUAAUACUGAUUUUAAUUUGAUUAAAACUACCUUUUUAUAUAUCUAGGUCACCUUUUUGUGAGCUAUAACAUAAAAAGGAGGUUAUAUUUUUUGCGUAUUUCUUAUUAUCGAAUUGCCCGCCAGCACAUUCCUGUAAGUUAAGAUGAUAACAAGCAACUGACCAGUAGCCAACCCAACUCAUUGUUCUUCGUUUUUCAUUUUUUAUUUCUUGCCAGUAGUGAAGUUUCAAAUGUUUUCGACUCUUUUGUACAAUUUCACUUCACUUUCAGUAUGUAUGUAUAUAUGUAUGUAUGUAUGUAUGUAUGUAUGUAUUGUAAAGUUUCUAACAGUAAUACAAUAGGCCUAUGUAUUACAGUUGUAACGCCGCUUUACGUACAUGCAUGUAAAAACAUUUAAUAUUUCAUUUAUCCUUGUUAUCUGUGACCGUCUGCUAUUAAGUGUUAUCACCAUAACACACUCACUUUUAAUUCAACAUUGUCAACAGGAAACAUUAUCAUCGGUAUUUCGAUUUUAUCAUCCAGAAAAUAGUUUCGUCGAUAUUUCAAUUUAAUCUCCAGCAAAUGCAUUCGUCGAUCUAUCGAUGUUAUCAUUAACAUCCAGCAAAUGUAUUUGUUGAUAUUUCGAUUUUAUCAUCAACAUCUAACAAAUGUGUUUGUCGGUAUUUCGAUUUUAUCAUCAACAUCUAACAAAUGUAUUUGUUGAUAUUUCGAUUUUAUCAUCAACAUCUAACAAAUGUAUUUGUUGAUAUUUCGAUUUUAUCAUUAACAUCCAGCAAAUGCAUUUGUUGAUAUUUCGAUUUUAUCAUUAACAUUCAGCAAAUGCAUUUGUUGAUAUUUCGAUUUUAUCAUGAACAUCCAGCAAAUGCAUUUAUUGAUAUUUCAUGAGUAUUUCGAUUUAUAAUCACCAUUUACACGUACUUACAAAUUGAGAUCAUUUUCGUUUAGUUGUAGUACUUUUUCACCAACGUUUGUUUCGCUAUUAGGUGUUCUACUUAGCGACCAUCAUUUUCAGGGAGGAACAAGUACUAAACUAGAGAACUACUAACAUUUGCAGGUCACUUUUAGUGCUUACAGUCAAAUAUAUUCUUCUUGAAUUGGAAUGAUUUUUCGCAUUUUGUUUCAACAAGCAAUGACGUGACUAAAUAGGCUUGUGCCCCAGUUUCAUCUGUAACAGAAGUAUUGAGACCGUUUCGUAGUUUUCAGAUUUAAAGAUUUAAUCUGUUCAUAAUUCAUAAUGUAACUACUAUUUUUUUCAUUCAUAGUAUUUUGAGUUGAAAACUAAGCAAAUCAUUUUGACCAUCUUCAACCAGUUUUGUAGAUUUAACGAUUUAAUCUUCAUUACUAACACAGUUGUGAUCUUGUUAUCAAUUGACAGGACAUUUUCUUCGAAAGUAUCAGUUAAUACCUAGUCACUAAGCGAGAAAGUCAGAUAUAUACAGGAAUGUGUCUGAACGGUGCAUGGCACCCCACGCCAACACUGCAUUGUCUAAUAUAAGCUUUCAAAACCAAUAUGCCAUUUCACUAGAUUCUGGGAUUUGGUGUACAUUGGUUGUGAAAAGGUAGACAUAGCAAUGGUGGUUAUCAGUAGUAAUUCCAAUAAGUCGGUUUUUGUUUCGCCUUUACGGAGUAAAAAGGCGAGAUACAGGUAUUAUUUUUCCGACGGCGUCCAUGACGAAAGUGUCAUCUUUUACAUUACAGUUUAACAUUAAAAGUUUCGCGUUUAGAUCAGUGUCUCACAAACUAUAAGUCCAAGGUCAAUCAAACUUGGUUUAUAGUUGCACCUACGGAUGUUCAUCGCAGUGGAUUAAAAUUUGAUGGUAGGCGAGACAUUUAAUUCCGCCGAAUUGUUGUUUAAUGUUUCAAAUACACAUCUUCCUGUCGAGUACCUAACACCGUUUCGUAGUUUUCGCGCUUUAGAACACGGGACUGAGUUUCGAUUUACAAAUCACAAAUUAGACAUUCGGUCGGAUUGUUUACUAGUAUUACGACUUUUUAAUUGUUGUGUAUAUCCACAAACCGAUUUGUAAAUAAGGCACAUUUUGUCCCUGUUUUAAAUUGUCUAAAGGUAUAACGAGGCACCUAGAGUUCGGUAUAAUAACGUCCAAACCGCUUUCGUCUUUUCGACCAUGUGUGUGUAACCAAAUGUUCAUCCAUAGUGUACAUCUGUACUGUUUGAUGUGAAUAUUUUGGAGAAGGCAUAUACUAAUAUUUAAACUGUUUUACUAAAACAAAAACAUUUCUUCGUUUUUUUUUUUUAAUUUUAGUUUUCAUUAAUUUCUGGGUUUAUUACCCUUCACAGUACUGGAAUAUUUGUUUCGUAUGAUAUAAUUAAGAUUUCCUUUUGAAAUAACAGUUCAACAGUUAAAGUAAUAUACAUUAUUUGCAUUUGGAAAAAAAACACAAUACUAUUUAUAAUCAAAAGUUAAUACUGUAGUGCUUUGUUUAUAACAAAGGUUCUACUAAUGAUGGAGAGAGAGAGAGAGAGAGAGAGAGAGAGAGAGAGAGAGAGAGAGAGAGAGAGAGAGAGAGAGAGAGAGAGAGAGAGAGAGAGAGAGAGAGUCCAACAGAGAGAGAGAGAGAGACCAACAGAGAGACAGAGAUACAGGGGGAGGGUAACGAAGACAGAAAACCGGAGCUGGGUAGAUAUACACAGGAAUGGAGAUAGGAAAAUAUGAGACUGUGCAGGAUGGAGCAAAAUUUAACUUCUGAACAAUCACACACUCCUUAAGUUUAAUUGUAUUUGCCAUUUUAACUACAAAAUAAUUGUAUAGAGUAACAGGAAUAUAAUCUCCUAUUAAUUUUCUUAGGCUUCCUUUUUUAUUGCAUACUUUGGACUUGGUGGUAAUCGUAUGAUGCUGAGGUUGUUUGGAAUUGUAGUAACUUCCGACAAUGAGGUUGUUUGUAAUUGUUGUAACUUCCAACAAUGGACGUAUUACUGGAUCAGCGUAAUUAACGAUUUAGGAUUUCUCAGGCAUAUUAAUAAUCAUUAUGUAACUGGUUUACUGGCAUAAUACCUAUAUUUCUUAUAAGCUUUGUUUACUUUGCUGGCCACAUUUCCACCUGUAAUCGAUUUAGGUUGCUCUAUAAUCCUAAUGCCAAAUGCGUGCAAAGUACAAUAGUAUGCAUUAUGCUAGAUAAUAGAUACAAACAUGCAACACUGAAAUGUGAUAAAAGUCAAAUAUUAGGGUCAUGGCAAUGUUAUGGGCGUAGUGUAUUCAAGAUCAAUAAAAGCAGGAAGCAAAAGCAAUGGAAUAUACAGUAAAGUACUGUUAUAAUGAACCGGAAGGAACCGUGAUAGUUCGUUAUAGCAGUAGUUCAUUGUACACAUUUGCAUAAUUUAGUUAUUAAUGUAUAGGGAGAUAAAACGGGACUUUACGACCAGUUCGUUCUAAGCAU